CUAGUUAAAAUUUUAAAAUAAUCCAUUUGGAAAACGAUGCUGAAAUGGAAGACUUACUAUUCAAAGUCUCCUCAAACAAAUUAAUCAUCAACCUAUUAUGCUAAAAGAGUUUGGAGUUGAACAUCAUGGCACUGGCUUCUACAUUCGUUUCCUUAGCAAUAUUAUUAUCAUUAUUAUUGUACUGCCUCAAUUUGUUUUCCGUGAAUGCAAAUUCCUACAGAGAAUUCCUUCAAAUGGGACAAUCAGUCAGAAUUUCUGACACACUUGUUUCAUACGGUGGAAACUAUGAACUUGGAUUUUUCACCAGAGACAGAGACAACUCCACCAAGUACUACGUAGGUAUAUGGUUCAAAAAGGUACCAAAGGACAAGAUUGUUUGGGUUGCCAACAGAGAUUACGCAUUCCAAACAUCCUCGGCGUUUCUUACCAUUCAACCUGAUGGUAACAUUGCGAUCAGAGAUGGACAAAUGACGUACCUGGUGACCAACGUUCCAAACAACAGUUAUAGUAACUAUGCAACACUGUUGGACUCAGGAAACUUAGUACUGUUGAGUAACUCUAACAAGGCGGUUCUAUGGCAGAGUUUUAAUAAUCCAACUGAUACUCUUUUACCUGGAAUGACAAUCGGAUACAAUAUCGACACGGGAUACACUCUGUCACUGAAAUCAUGGACAAGCGCAGACGACCCUGCUAUCGGGCCAUAUACUCUCCGAUUUGAUUCCGGCUCAGCGAGUCUAACUGUAAAUAAAGGUUCUAAUGUCUUCUGGAUUGAUGGUAAUUCCAAUUUAUCUAUUCAGUCUGUUUUCAACCGAGCAGGUUUGGGACAGGAUGACUACAAUGAUCAUUUCACUCUCCCGAUUACUAGUAAUUCUCGAUUUGUACUGGAAGUGUCCGGGGAUCUUAAAUACGAAGAUUGGUCAGAGAAAUCCAAGCGUUGGCUUUCUCUCCAGUCGUCCAAGUGCGGAACAAACAAUUCGUGCGGAGUAUUUUCCAUUUGUAAUUCGCAGGACCGCGACCCUUGUCACUGUCUCAAUGGUUUUGAACCGUUUGAUGGUGAUUCUUGGAGGAAAGGGAACAGAUCAGCUGGAUGUGUGAGGUUAAACAGCUUGUCCUGCGACACUACAGAUGGAUUUUUUCGGUUCGUUUCAGUGGAACUACCUCCAAAUCAUGCCAACCUGAUGCUGGAUUCUCUAGCAGAAUGUAACCACACUUGCUUCACAGAUUGUUCUUGUCUUGCUUUUGCUUACGAUUUUGUCGCUGUUAACUGCAUGUUGUGGAAUGAUCAAGUACUCACUCUGAAGAACAUCUCAACUGAUAAUCAAGAUGCUGAUAAAAAUAGACCAAAUUUCUUUCUCAAACUUGCUGCCUCAGACAUUCUUACCACAAGUAAUGUAACAAAUGCAGCUAGCAGACUUGGAAACAGGAAGAGGAAUUUACUUCUAAUUGUUAUUUUGAUACCAUUUGUAAUAUUACUUAUACUGCUUGGCUUAUUCGUUUACCGAACAAGAAAGCAAAGUAAGAAAGGGGAUGAUUUGCUCAAUUUUGAAGUAGGCAUGAGCAUGAAAGUUAAUAAAGACUCUGACAAGGUUACAAAAGUUAAAAGGAAAGAAGUGAAAUUACCAUUAUUCAGCUUUGUGAGUGUUUCAGCAGCAACGAAUAACUUUGCAGACGCAAAUAAACUCGGCGAAGGUGGCUUUGGACCUGUUUAUAAGGGUAUACUAUUGAAUGGGGAUGAGGUUGCUGUAAAAAGGCUAUCGAAAAGAUCAGGUCAAGGAUGGGAGGAGUUGCGAAACGAAGCCUUGUUGAUUGCAAAACUCCAACAUAAUAAUCUAGUUAGACUUCUUGGCUGCUGCAUUGAGAGAGACGAAAAAAUGCUUAUUUAUGAAUUCAUGGCCAAUACAAGUUUGGAUUGUUUUCUCUUCGGUUUGUACUUUUCAGACACAAUUUUCUCCAAUUAUUUCAUCCAAACUCUAGUUGUAACAUCUUUUUGUGCAAAAACAGAUGCAGAGAAAAGAGAGAUGCUAGAUUGGGGAACUCGGGUUCGAAUAAUUGAUGGGAUUGCGCAAGGACUCCUUUAUCUGCAUCAGUAUUCUAGGUUCCGGAUCAUUCACCGAGAUUUAAAAGCUAGCAACAUUCUGUUAGACACCAACAUGAAUCCUAAAAUAUCAGAUUUUGGAAUGGCGAGGAUAUUCAGUGAGAAUGUUCUUCAAGCAAAUACGAACCGAAUAGUUGGGACUUACGGCUACAUGUCUCCUGAAUAUGCGAUGGAAGGCAUUUUCUCAAUUAAGUCCGACGUGUUUAGCUUUGGAGUCCUUUUGUUAGAGAUUAUAAGUGGCAAGAAGAAUACUGGUUUUUAUCAAACAAAUUCCUUCAGUCUUCUUGGAUAUGCUUGGGAUCUAUGGAGCAACAAUUCUGGAAUGGACUUGAUUGAUUCAAAAGUAGAUGAUAUCUCCAACAAGGAUUUAGUAAUAAAAUAUGUGAAUAUAGGACUUCUGUGUGUACAACAAAGUCCAGAAGAUAGGCCAACCAUGUCUGAUGUUGUCUCAAUGAUUGGCAAUGACACUGCAUCCCUUCCAAGUCCAAAGCCACCAGCAUUUCAAAAUGUGAGAGGUGUUGAAAGUUCAAGUCUCUCUAGAAGCACUGGAGAAAACAUUUCUGUCAAUGUUGUCACAAAUUCAAUAGUUGAAGCAAGAUGAGUUUUAGAGUGACUUCACUAGUUGUGGGAGUUGAAAAGUUGCUUGUUUGGGUAACAUUGGAAAACUUGUUAAAUCCAUGCUACUGUUUUUGUUUUCUUUUCUUUUUAUAUGACAACGUUGUUUUAGUAAAAUUGUUGAAUAUAACAUUGAUUGCAAUUGAAACACCACUUCAAGUAAA